AUGGGCAAGCGCAUCAUGAACUUCAACUUCGUCGUCCAACUCGUUCUGUUGAUUACGACUUUCUUUCCAUCAGUGAAAAAAUUCUAUAAGUUUAACUUUAUCCCGAAGGAUGCGGAACAAUUUUUCAUUCGCAUUAUGCAGGACGCGAUCCGCUAUCGCAAGGAGAACAACAUCGUUCGGACCGACUAUCUAGACCACUUGUUGCAGUUGCAGGAUCGCAAGCAAAUCACGGACAUCGACAUCGCAGGACACGGUGUAUCUUUUUUCGCUGACGGUUUCGAAACGUCCAGCAUCGUGCUGACAUACUGCCUGUAUGAUCUGGCAAAAAAUCCAGAAAUUCAAGCGACUCUGCGAACUGACAUCCACAAAGCGAAAGAAAAUGGUGCUAUAUCGUACGAACAGCUGAUGGAGAUGGCUUUGCUUGAGCAGAUUAUUUGCGAAUCGAUGCGCAUUCAUCCCCUUAUUGCCGUCAUGGCUAAGCGCUGCACAUCCGAUACGACGUUGGUUGGUCCAAAGGAUCGUAAAUUCGUUGUCAAGACGGGCACUACGGUUGUGCUGCCCUACUAUUCGAUCAGCUUUGAUCCAAACCAUUUCGCCGAGCCGCACAAGUACGAUCCUACGCGAUUUUCCGCAGAAAAUGGAGGAAGCAAAGCAUACCGCGAACGAGGGGUUUAUUUUCCAUUCGGUGAGGGCCCACGCAUGUGUUUGGGCAUGCGGUUCGCUCUGGCACAAGUAAAACGUGCCAUCAUAGAGAUCGUGGAUCACUUUUCGCUUUCUGUUAGCGGAAAAACCAUCGAACCAUUUGAAAUGGAUCCGGCUCAGUUCAUGUUGAGUCCCAAGGGAAGCAUUUGGAUUGAUUUUAAACCACUUGCAUAG